AUGUCUAGUAAACAUUGGAACUACAAACAAGACCUCGUGCACGCCCAUCUGAAGGGUCUGUGUCACGCCAACCCAGACUUGCUGUUCAUCGAGUCCGAGAGAGUCGUGAUCAAUCGCCACUCCAAACAGGACAAGGUGAUGGUGUUGUCUGGUGGAGGAUCUGGCCACGAGCCAUUGCACGCUGGGUUUGUUGGUGAGGGCUGCUUGGACGUUGGUGUUGCCGGAUUUGUGUUUGCCUCGCCUUCCACCAAACAGAUCUACUCUGGUCUCAAGGCCAAACCGUCCAAGAAAGGUACCGUGAUUGUGGUUAAAAACUAUACCGGUGACAUUUUACAUUUUGGCCUAGCUGCAGAGCGGGCUAAAGCCGAGGGCUAUCCAGUGGAGCUGCUGAUUGUGGGUGACGAUGUUUCUGUGGGUAAGACCAAGAACGGUAUGGUGGGCAGAAGAGGUCUGGCCGGUACCGCUCUUGUUCACAAAAUCACCGGAGCAAAGGCCGCCAAGGACUCCAAUAAGGCCAGCUUGGCCGAAGUGUACAAGGUCGGAGAAAACGUGGUGGCCAACCUGGUCACAAUCGGCGCCUCUUUGGACCACUGCACCAUCCCUGGUAACAGACACCACGAGGAGGAGGAGUCCGAGGACGAGGACGAGCAAAAACACUUGCUCAAGGAGGAUGAGAUCGAGGUCGGAAUGGGUAUCCACAACGAGUCCGGUAUCAAGAGAGUUUCUCCAAUCCCAACAAUUGACACUCUUGUUUCCGACCUGUUGAAGUACUUGCUUGACAAGAACGACAAGGAGAGAAACUACGUUGACUUUGACUCUUCCGACGAGGUUGUUCUGCUUAUCAACAACCUUGGAGGAACCUCGAACCUGGAGCUGUUUGCUAUCCAGGACACCGUUGUUGACCUACUUGCUUCCGACUACAAGAUCAAGCCGGUCAGAGUUUACACCGGCAGUUACACUACGUCUCUGGACGGUCCUGGUUUCUCCAUCACUUUGCUGAACGCAACCAAGGCAGGAGGCAAGGAGAUCCUGGACCUGUUGGACUACCCAACUGCCGUUCCGGGCUGGAACUCGGCCUACAAGUCUUCUGAGUGGGACGACAAGCCUUCUUCGUACAUCAUCGAGGCCCCAGCCACCAGCGACGACUCGGCUACCUCCAAGGUCAAGUUCCCUCAGGGCACCGUCAAGGCUGUUCUGGAGAGCGGUUGCAAAAAGCUGCUCACAAAGGAGCCAAAGAUUACACUUUACGACACCGUUGCCGGUGACGGAGAUUGCGGAGAGACUCUGGCCAACGGAGCGCACGCGAUUUUGGAUCUGCUGGCCUCCAGCAACCUGGAGGUUUCUGACGGUGUCAAGAGCUUGACCCAGAUCACCGACGUUGUCGAGACGGCCAUGGGAGGAACCUCUGGAGGUUUGUACUCCAUUUUCAUUUCUGCAUUGGCCAAGUCUCUGAAGGAAAAAGAGCUCAAGGACGGUGGCUACGAGGUCACCCCACCAAUUCUGGCUACUGCUUUGAAGGACGCCCUGGACUCCCUGUACAAGUACACCCGGGCCCGUGUUGGCGACAGAACCUUGAUCGACGCCCUGGCUCCGUUCGUUGAGACCUUCGCGUCGACCAAGGGCGACCUCAACAAGGCCAACAAGGCUGCCCACGAAGGUGCAGAGUCCACCAGAAAGCUCAAAGCCAAGUUCGGCCGUGCCUCGUACGUUAGCGAGGAGGAAUUCAAGCCGUUCGAGGCCGAGGGUGGUCUACCUGACCCGGGCGCAAUUGGCCUGGCUGCUCUUGUCGACGGCUUCGCCGAAGCCUACAGCAAGAUAGCCUCCAAUUUGUAG